AAAAAGAGGAAAGGUCAUUAAAAAUUAAACGCAAAGAAAUAAUAUCAUUGUCUUCGCAUUCUUUGACAACACUACCAAUAUCAACACCUAUAGCAAUUCCGAUCAAUUCUAAUUAUCAGCGUGAUGAAAAAUUUGAUAAUAGACGUGAUACAGCAGUGACAAUGACCGUACCUAUUUCUACCAUUCCAAAAAACAUUUUCCUUGUUCUAUUACUGUUCCUUUUAUUGAAAUCUUUUCCUACUAUUACAUCUCCUAUCACUAGUUUUCCAACCGUUCCAGGAAAUGCAACUUCUUCAACUACUAAAACAACCCCUGAGAUAACCCCGACAACAAACCCACCUUCUCAUACUAGGCGAUUAAAAAAAUAA